AUUAGCGGAACCUAGCUCGGAUAUUCUGUACGAGGCACAUUUUUUUUGUUAUUCCUAUUUAUGUGUAAGUUUGUCGGGAGAAAGGAACUUUCUUUUAGUCAAUUUAUUAUUUGGAAAGACAUUAUUAUAAAAUGGUCAGAGAAUCGCGGCAUCUCUGGGUGGGAAAUCUACCAGAGACAGUUCGCGAAGAACAAAUUCAAGACUAUUUUUCAAGAUAUGGGCGAGUAGAGAAAGUAAAGCUUCUGGCUAAAACUAGUCCUGAUGGUGGACGGGCUGCCUUUGUUGAUUUUGUGGAUAUUCGUUCGGCAACAAAAGCCAACGAAGCACAAAAUCGCAUGGGAGAAAGAGAUUUAAGAACUAAUUACAAUGAACCUGGAGCUAAAAACUUAAUGGAUUUUAGAGGUCAUGCAAUGCAUAGAAUUCACGGAACAUACCCGUCUGGAAUUGGCAACCAACCUGUUGUUAUAUAUGCAGCAGCACCAGGAGAUCAUUUGAUUCAUUCACAAGCUUAUCGUCCUUUAUACCAUCGAGAAGAAAAAAGAGUAUCUACAUAUACACCACUAAAGCGAGAUAAAAGUCCAGGUCGUAGUAGUCUCUCAGAUGGCAGUCCCAGUGUUAAGCGUUCACGCGAAUAUUCAAGUGAUUAUAUUGAUAGUGAUGACAAUUCAGUACGAUCAAGUUCCGUUAUUAUUAAAAAUCUUUCUAGAAAUACAGAUUCUGAGUUGGAAGAAGGAAUAUAUCAUGAAUUUCGUAAGGCUGGUGAAAUAACAAAAAUCAAGAUCAAGGGAACAGGAGCUGAUCGUUAUGCAAUCGUAAAAUUUUCGAAACCAGAAGAAGCCGAAAAAGCUACUCAUAGUACUGGAAGACUUUUUCAAGGGCAAACAAUACGUGUGUUAAUUCGUGGCAAUAAGAAAUCACGUAAUCACUCUCCAGAAAAAGACGAUCUUGCAUUUGAUCCACAUGCUACUAGAACUGUUUUUGUUGGUAAUAUAGAAAAAACUAUGAUGCAUGGUGAACUGAGAAGUAUAUUUGAAAGAUUUGGAGAUGUUGUUGAUGUUGAUAUUAAAAAAAUGCAAACAGGACAAACAACAUAUGCAUUUGUGCAGUAUAUAGAUAUUAAUGGUGCUAUGUUUGCAAAACGUAAAAUGGACAGAGAAUAUAUUGGGCAUACCAUUGUUAAGAUUGGUUAUGGACGUGGAACACCUACUAAUUGUUUGUGGAUUGGUAAUCUUCCUACUAAUGUUGUUGAUCAUCAGCUUUCUAAAAUAUUUCAUCCAUUUGGCUAUGUUCAACACUGUCUAAUUGAUAAAAGGUUUUGGCAGGCUCUUAUUCGUUUUGAAACAAUUGAAGCUUGUACACAUGCUUUUGCUGAAAUGCACGGAAAGCAUUUUCAAGGGAAACGCCUUGCUGUUGAUUAUGCUAGUCCUGCUUGUCGUGAUGGAUUUUAUCGGCGUAUGGAAGAAGAUGGUCAACUAGAUCGACGUCAACUAGAACCUUCUCCUACUCCUCCUGAUGCUCAUAUUAACUUUCAAAAUGUUGCUAGAGGAGGAGCAUUUCAACCUCGAGGUAACAACUAUGUUUUUAAAUCUUAUGCUGCAUCAGGUGACUCCCGAUCAUAUGCUGAAUACCACCCUGAGUUUGGUUAUGAAAAAGGAGAAAGAGAUAUGUAUGGAAGAGAUAAAGAACGACCACGUGGAUAUUCUCCCAUGUCUCAUGGAAGCAAUUCUCCUAAACAUUUGUACUCUCCUAAACAUACUUUAUCACGUGAAUCUAUAAGCCCUGUUAGUAGUUUAGGGUUUUAUGACCGCAAAUACCGGAAUGAAGAGAGAAAGAGAAAACAUAAUUAUUUAAGCUCACCUGUACAUGAAGGUCAUGCUAAGAAAAAAGAAAAGCGCAAAAAAAAAGACAAAAAAGAGAAACAGGAUAAAGAUAUUGAGUUUGGAUACCCGCCAGUAGGUAUUACUUCUCCUCCUUUAAAAUCUUUGAAAGAUGCUAAAAGGGAGAAGAAAGAAAAAAAAAAAAAAGAUAAAGUUCGUAGAAAAUCAGAAAGAAAACAGAAAAAAAUUCUGAAGUUGAAAAAUCUACAAGAAAAAUUGAAUCUUAAUGAACCAGGUGUUGAUGGAGUUCUUAGUAUGUCUCUGCAAAAUAUUAAACCAGAGCAUAAUUUCACUGCAAAUGAUAGAUUACAUAACAAAGAUACUGAACAAAUGAAAUUAGGUGAAAUUAAGCAAGAAAAUGAUGUUGUUAAUGCUUUAGUGAUUAGUAAUUAUGAACAAGAUAAUAAUAAUGUGCUUGGUGGAACAAAAAUGGUUGCAGUUAAUAACAUGGAAACUUAUUCUUUUGAUAAAGAUCAAUUAUUUAAAACUGAACAAUGCAAUGAUAAGCAAGUUGUUGAUGAAAUCAAAAAAACAGUUGCAUCACCUGAAGAAGGAGAGUUAAAUGAAGAGGAUGGAAAAACUAGCAUCAACCAACUGGCUGGUUCUCCUAUCUCUCAAGAUAAUACUACUAAUAAUGUCAUAAAGUAUACAGCAAGAUUACAACCUGUAGAUAAGGUUUUAUCCAGUAUCCCAGCAACAAAUAAAGUUAAAGUAGAAGUUCAAAGAUCCUCUUAUAAUGAAGAAUCUUCAGAUUCAAGUGAUUGCACAUCAUCAGAUAGUGAUUCUUCCGACAGUUCUGAUGACUCUGAUAAUAAAAAACUUAAUUAUAAGCGGCAUUCAUGUCUUCGUGAAGAUAAAAAAGUUUUUGAUAAAGCAAGAGAACCAAAAGCAUACAGACAAAGUAAUAGAGAUGAUUUUGAUCGACGUGAGCAUCGUGCUGAGCGUGACAGAGAAAAAGAAUAUCAUCGAUCAAAGUAUUCAAGUUCUGAUUCUAUUCGUAGAAGUCCUAGUAGAAGUGUAAAAAGCAAGUCUCCUAAUAGUUCACCAGGAUGUUAUCUCAAACGUGAUAACUCAUAUGAUAAAAAAAAUGUUCGUAGUCCUUAUAGUAAAUCUCCUCUUCAUUCUUUGGAGCGAAAAGAUCAUUAUGAUCAACAUAGCAGAAGAACUCAUACACCUCCACCUCCACCUCCGCUAAUUGAUAAAGUUAAACAUCCUACUUCCAUUGUAAGUAAUGGACAAAUUGCUUACUCUAGGGAAAAUGUAUUACCAUCUAGUAGUACUGCUUCACAAAGUGCUGACACAUUGAUGGAUUUACUAAGAAGGUAUCCAGUGAUGUGGCAAGGUCUUCUUGGUUUAAAGAAUGACACAGCUGCUGUUCAAAUGCAUUUUUUGUCAGGCAAUGUACGCAUUGCAGAAUCUUCUUUACCACGAGCUGCUCAACCUAAUGAAGUCCCUCCAACUUUAAGAAUUUCUCAGCGAAUGAAACUGGAGACAUCUCAGUUAGAAGGUGUUGAUAAAAGAAUACAGUUAAUAAAAGAGCAUUGUAUGUUGCUAGCAUUACCUUGUGGGCGUGAUCCUCUUGAUGUUCAUGCGCAAACUCGAGCAUUGAAAACAGGUUUUAUAACAUACUUACAGCAGAAGCAAGCUGCUGGAAUAGUUAACACAGCUAUACAAUCAAAACAGACAACUUUCGUCAUCCAUAUAUUUCCGCCUUGCGAAUUUGCUCAAGGUCAUUUAGCUCGUGUCGCUCCAGAUCUCCUAAACAGUGCCGCUGACAGUGGCCAUUUAAUGGUGCUUAUUUCACCCAUGUAGCUACAAAAUGAAAUGAAAUUCGUGCUAAUAUUUGUCGAACAAACCAGCUGAUGAAGCACUAAGAUUAUUUUUGUACCUUAGCUCAUAGUAAAUCAUUUUGUAUUGACGCUCUAAUUUGCUUUACCCUAUCAGGUACUUGGAUAAGCUGCUUCAAUACGUUGAUUGCCUAAAUUGACAAACAAUCAGUUAGUUGCAUAAAGAAACCACUACAAUCUUAUUUUUAAAUAUGUUUGUAUAUACUUAAGACAUAAGACAGCACAUUGUAUUAUAUUUUGCGUUGAUUAUACUUUUUAUAUA